AUGUGCAUUGCAUUAGUAGAGACAAAUACUCAGAAAACAGGAAAGGGCACAACACCAUUAUGUGCUGGUGUCAACUACAACCGCCACAUCGGUCAAUGCGAUAUGUUCGAUGCAAUUGAUGGCGAUGCUGAUGUCAACGAACACGUCGACUUCUACAAAAACCUCUGUGUUAUCAAGGAAACCGACAGCGGAGUGUCAGCAGCUGCUAAUGUUCCACCCCAAACGCACCGUAUGUCUGGCACUGUCACUAACAAGAAGGAUGCCCGAGGCGAGCUCCUUGCAGCUAAGAAGGUUGUCAAGCCAUCCAUUCGUGAACAUGAGCAUCGACGUAAGCCAGAGGCCACGAUGGCUAUCGGCCCUCCAGUCUCUAUCCCCGCUGACGCUAUUAAAACCAUCUGCAACUAUGAAGGAAUCAAGGUACAAGUCGGUAAUGGAGUACCCUUCAGCGGUGUCAUUUUCGUCAAGAACAAGUACGAUACUUGCCGGGUUGAGAGCACCCCAAGUUCUGAAGGAAAGUCCGGUGAAAAGGCUGAGUUGGUGAAGGAUGAGCAAGAUUUCCGUCAUAAGCGUCAAGCUGAGAGUCGUGACUGCGGUUUAGUAGAUAUGCUAAAUGGCACCUACAAGACAACCGUCGUCAUCCAAACGAACAAUCUUGGCAUCCCAGGUCUUGUCACCUCAAUGGAUCAACUAUAUGAGGUUUCUUGCGACUAUUCGAGCAUGUUGGGUGGCAAAGUCCAAGCUGGCUACAAUAUGACCGUCGUAGGACCUGAGGCCAACCUUAUCCAACCAAGGGGCAAGAUCGAGCUCGGCAACCCUGUGUUCAUGCAGCUGGUCAGUGGUGAAGGAGAACAACCAGUUGUUCAGGCCAAACUCGGCGAUAUUCUUGAACUUCGUUGGGAAAUCAUGGCAAUGGAUGAUGAACUUGACUUCUUCGUAAAGGAUUGUUUCGCA